UUCUUCUUCCCUCCUCCAACCUCUUUCACCUCCCACAUCUACCCUCCCCUCAUAUCACUCUUCUACCCCCUCCUUUCAAUUUCCUUGGAAGCUUUUGUCUUUCUGAGGAUUCCAGUGCAGCAGAACGGCCGCAGAAUACGUCUUUCCUUAAUCUUAGGGGUAGGACGUCACAGCCUUUCUCCUAAUCGUCUCGAAUCGCGUUUCGGUUCAUAGAAUUCUUCUUACGUCUUUCGGCCCUCUUUUUUCGAUCCUACGAUCUUCCCAGAGAGCCCAGGGACACUUCGACCCCGCGCUCACUCAGCGAUCCACGUCGAUAAUCCAAGAUCCGAUCUUCUACACAUCAGCCUCACUCCGAACCUCACCUUCCAACGAAACUCACCAUGGCGGAUCAACUCAACAUGAGCGGUCUCAGCCUUAACGGCCCUGGUGGCGAACAGCGCUCGUACAUUCCUCCUCACAUGCGAGGAAAGAUGGGUGGCGCCCCCCAAGGACUCAACGGUGGCCCGCCUCCUAUGAACGGCGGUAUCAAUGGCAGUGCCUGGGCUUCUCCCGCUGCGGGCAACUACCCCGACGGUCCCCGCCCUGCAGGAAACUGGGCCAACGCUCCCGACUUCACUCCUCGCCCUUCUGGUGGCCGAAACUGGGAUGGCCCCGCUCCAUCCUUCAACAAGAACGCCUAUGGCAACCCUUCCGGUGGCGCGCCCUCUGCUCGAGGUAGCGGCGACGGACAGUGGAGAGAUGGCAAACACAUAGCCGGACCUGCCAACCCACGCAUCGAGCGCGAACUCUUCGGUGUUCCAGAUGACCCAUCCAAGCAACAAACCGGUAUCAACUUCGAGAAGUACGACGAUAUCCCCGUCGAGGCCUCAGGACACGAUGUUCCCGAGCCUGUCCUCAAGUUCACCAACCCACCUCUUGAUGACCACCUGUUGAAGAACAUCGAGCUCGCUCACUACAAGGUCCCUACACCAGUCCAGAAAUACUCCAUCCCUAUUGUCAUGGGCGGCCGUGAUUUGAUGGCUUGUGCCCAGACUGGUUCCGGAAAGACUGGUGGUUUCUUGUUCCCCAUCCUGUCCCAGGCUUUCCAGACAGGUCCUUCCGCUCCACCUGCUGGCGCCGGAGGAAGCUUCGGACGUCAACGCAAGGCUUACCCCACCUCCUUGAUCCUUGCACCAACCCGUGAACUUGUCUCUCAAAUCUUCGACGAGUCUCGCAAGUUCGCAUACCGAUCCUGGGUUCGACCAUGCGUCGUCUAUGGUGGUGCAGACAUUGGUUCUCAGCUUCGUCAAAUCGAGCGUGGCUGUGAUCUUCUCGUUGCCACUCCAGGUCGUCUUGUCGACUUGAUCGAGCGAGGCCGUAUCUCGCUGUGCAACAUCAAGUACCUUGUUCUCGACGAGGCUGAUCGUAUGUUGGACAUGGGUUUCGAGCCCCAAAUCCGCAGAAUUGUUGAGGGUGAGGAUAUGCCAGGCGUCCAGAACCGUCAGACUCUCAUGUUCUCCGCCACCUUCCCCCGCGACAUUCAGAUGCUCGCCAGAGAUUUCUUGAAGGACUACAUCUUCCUGUCUGUUGGACGUGUUGGUUCCACCUCCGAGAACAUCACCCAAAAGGUUGAAUACGUCGAGGACAUGGACAAGCGCUCUGUCCUGCUCGACAUCCUCCACACCCACGGUGCUGGACUUACCCUCAUUUUCGUCGAGACGAAGCGUAUGGCAGAUUCCCUGUCAGACUUCUUGAUCAACCAGAACUUCCCUGCAACCUCCAUCCACGGUGACCGCACCCAGCGUGAGCGUGAGCGUGCUCUUGAGAUGUUCCGAAAUGGACGUUGCCCAAUCCUCGUCGCCACCGCUGUCGCGGCAAGAGGUCUGGAUAUCCCGCACGUUAAGCACGUUGUCAACUACGAUCUUCCAACGGAUAUCGAUGACUACGUGCACCGAAUCGGUCGUACAGGUCGUGCCGGUAACACUGGUAUCGCGACUGCAUUCUUCAACCGUGGCAACCGAGCUGUUGUCCGGGACCUCAUUGAGCUUCUGAAGGAAGCCAACCAGGAAGUUCCCGCAUUCCUCGAGAACAUUGCCCGUGAGGGUGCCGGAUUUGGCGGCGGCCGUGGAGGCGGACGCUCCGGUGGCCGUGGCCGUGGCGCUGGUGCCAACCGUGACUUCAGAAAGUUCGGAGGUGGUGGCGGUCCAAGCUACGGCGGUGGAUUCGGCGGACCCCCUGCUCCCGCGUAUGGCGGUGGAUAUGGUGGCCCACCUCCCCCAGCUGCCUACGGCGGCGGCUAUGGUGGUGGAUCCUAUGGCAACCCAUCCGGAGGUGGCAGCGGCCAAUCCUGGUGGUAG